ACGUACACAUGCAACGCAUGCAAUGACCUCGGUUGCGCUAACAGUUCUGUUGAACUGACCGUCCAUCCAUUCGUAAUCCCUACCGGACCAGAGUCACUGUUAGCUUGCUGUAAGCAACAGAACCUAUUACCCGAGUGUCUCUCUGCUUGUACUGUGGACAUAGACGUUAAUCUCUACCUGUAUAAUCCUCAUUGCAUGAACGAGUUUUCGAAACUACUCAAGUGCGCCAAAGAUGGUGUUGACCAUCGACAAUGCUGUAUAUACAACGGGGUACCUAGUUCUUGUCUGGGUUACUGCGACCAGGGCGGAGACGCGCCUCUUAACCUGUUUUGCCUAAAUUUUACUUCUCAAAUACUUACUUGCGUUCAAGAACUGCACAGAUCUUUGCCGGGACCACCGGUUGACAUCAUCGUCCAGCAGAUACCCGGCAGAAAUGCUCUUAACGUGUCGUGGAAUCCGCCCCUGCGAAAUGGAAAGUUGGUCGAGGUGUACAUCGUCUACUACAAACCGUCUUAUGUUAGCAACUAUCUCAAGUUUCGAACUGAGAAAAACUGGGCCGUGCUAACCGACUUGAACGUUUCCGCUACUUAUGAAGUCACCGUUACUGCAGUGAACCAGAAUGGCUUCUCUAAUUUCCCUCCAUCUGUUUCGCACCAACUGAGCGCUGUUGCCGCUCACACUGGCGAAGGUAAGUUAAGGAUGGUUUAAUG